GCGGGCGGCGCGGCCAUGGGCGGUCGCUUGGCUCGGGUCGUGGCCCCGGUCCUGGUCCUGCUGCUGGCCGGCGGGCGAGCGUCCGCCGUGUGGCCGAUGCCCCAGCGGCUGACGGAGGCCCCGGGGCCCAGCACCGCCCUGAGCCCCGGCCGCUUCCGGCUCCGGUACGCGGCCGCCUCGGCCGUGCAGCCCGGCUGCUCCGUGCUCGACCAGGCCUUCGCCCGCUACCUGCGCCUCCUCUUCGGCCCCGCCCGCCCUGCAGAGGCCGGAGAAGACCAGGCGAAUGACUCCACACUAACAGUCUUUGUGGUCAACCCAGGGUGUGAUGGAUUCCCUUCGUUGAAUUCCCUGGAGAGCUACACCCUGAUCCUGUCCGAAGACCAGUUCUCCCUGAAGGCAGAGGAAGUCUGGGGAGCGCUCCGAGGCCUGGAAACCUUCAGCCAACUGGUUUGGAGAUCUGCCGAAGGAACGUAUUUUGUCAACAAGACAGAAAUCGUGGACUUUCCUCGCUUCCCUCACCGUGGUUUGCUCCUUGACACCUCCCGCCAUUACUUGCCACUGACCUCCAUCUUGGAGACACUGGACGUCAUGGCCUACAACAAGUUCAACGUAUUUCACUGGCACAUAGUGGAUGACCCCUCCUUCCCAUUUGAGAGUGUAUCUUUCCCCGAGCUCAGCAGAAAGGGGGCCUACAACUCUGCCACCCACGUCUAUACGCCCGAGGACGUGAAGAUCGUAAUUGAGUAUGCGAGGCUACGUGGCAUCCGAGUCCUUGCAGAGUUUGACACCCCCGGCCACACCUUAUCUUGGGGGCAAGGCGCUCCUGGCUUGCUGACGCCUUGCUACGUGGGACCCGCACCCUCCGGAACCUAUGGACCAGUCAAUCCCAUCCUCAACAGCACCUAUGAGUUCAUGGCCAAACUCUUCUCGGAGAUCAGCUCCGUCUUCCCAGACUUCUACCUGCAUCUUGGGGGAGAUGAAGUCGACUUCACUUGCUGGAGAUCCAAUCCAGACAUCCGGUAUUUCAUGGAGGAAGUAGGCUUCGGCCAAGACUUCACAAAACUGGAAUCUUUGUACAUUCAGAAGCUGCUGUCUAUCGUCUCUUCCUACGGCAAGGGCUACGUGGUGUGGCAGGAGGUGUUUGACAAUGGGGUGAAGGUGAAAGGUGACACUGUAGUCCAUGUGUGGCGAGAGAACGCGGGAUCCUACCGUAAAGAGUUGGAGAGAGUCACCAACGCCAGCUACAGAGCUUUGCUUUCUGCCCCCUGGUACCUGAACCGCAUUGGUUAUGGCCAGGACUGGGUUGAGGCCUACAAAGUGGAGCCCUUGCAGUUUGAAGGUACUCCCGAGCAGAAGGCGCUGGUGAUUGGGGGAGAGGCUUGCAUGUGGGGCGAGUAUGUGGAUGCAACUAACCUGACCCCCAGGCUCUGGCCCAGGGCCGGGGCCGUUGCCGAGAGGCUGUGGAGUUCCAAGGAUGUGACAGACAUUCAGAGCGCUUACCUUCGCCUGGCAGAUUUCCGCUGUGAGCUCCUCAGGCGAGGGGUCCAGGCCCAGCCCCUCUACACAGGUUUCUGCAAGCAGGAGUUCUUUGGGCCCUGAACGAGAAAGCCGAAUUGGGAAGAGGCGGCAGUACCCCCCGCAGCCGGACGCGGUCCAAAUUACAGUCCCACAGGAGGGAUGACUUGGAUCGCUCUUGUCUUGGGGUGGCCCGGGCAGCAGGCAAACGUCGGGGCUCAGUACCCCUUCUCUGGAGAGGGGCUAAAUCACUUGUACACAAUAAAGAGAGAAAUGGUGGUCAAA